CAAUUCCACUCCCAGAUAUCAAGCUUUAAAUAUUCCAACUACGAUCCAACUCCAAGCGCGAUCAUGCACCUUCUCCUGGUCGCUGCUGCGUUCUUCGGCCUCCAAGCCGCCGCACUUCCAGCUGCUCAAUCUGCUCCGGGCGGACAAGGCCAAGACGUUCGCGCGACGCCGACGACCAAGGUCACCUCGCUCCCGCCCGGCAUCACUGUGACAGACGAGGGCCUGAUCCUCACCGUAUACGGGCCCGGCGAGAUGCCAGUCAACAGCACCGGCGACGACGGCGGCCUUGAGGCCCGUGACCACGCGCAAUGCUGGAACAACUGGCUCCCCAAUUUCCAGCUCCAAGACGCCUACGAGGACGACUGUCUGACACUCAUCCAAGCCCUGCAGGGCUGGGGCCUGACCAACUAUCUCAAGCCCGGCGGCUCUUGGACCUUCCGGACCAGCCAGGGCCGCUGUAAAGCGGGCGUCCGUAACGAGAGCAACUGCCGCUCCUUCAUCGUCCCGCGCCGCGAUCUCGGUGUGAACGCCGGCAAAACCUUUGACAAUUGCCCCAGACUCGACGAGAGGUCGGGAUGGUGCACCUUCAUCAACAACCAGGAGAUUUGUACUGGCUGGAGCCCGUCGAGGCUGCCCCGCCGGCAACUCUGGCUGCUCGUGGACACUGUGACAAAGUCCUCCCUUACCUCGCCUAGCUGGCUUGAGAGGCAGAGGGCCUUGUUGUUUACCACCGCCGCUCUCUGCUGGUACAUGUGCCUCAUCAUCAUCAUGACCGGAGUGAGGAGCGCACGAACUGCUGGGCAGGCGUUAUGA